AUGCCGCGGGGAGACCCGAGAGCCUCCCAGCGUCUGAGCGAGACAACAGGCCUCGACUCCCGACCGUGCAGCGUCUCCACUCUCCGCUGGAGGAGGGAGGACCUGGAGGAGGAAACAACAGUGGAGCAGGGCUGCGGCUCAGAUAGAGACAAUGACUCAGAGCCAUCUAGGUUCAGGUCUAUGGAAAUGCAGGAUCUUGCCAGUCCUCACAGCCGAGUAAGUGGAAGCAGCGAAUCACCUAAUGGUCCCAACCUCGACAACUCGCAUAUCACUAACAAUUCCAUGACACCCAAUGGCACUGAAGGUGAUAACAUCACAAUGCUUACCACUGCAGACUGGUUGUUAGGUUCUAACUCACAGUCCACUGCAGUUAAAACUGAGCCAAUGAGCAGCAGCGACAUCGCCUCCUCGGUAGCAGACUCCGCUUUAGACGGCUUCUCAGGAUCAGCUAUUGGAACCAGUGGCUUCAGCCCAAGACAAACUCACCAGUUCUCUCCACAGAUUUACCCUUCCAACAGAACAUAUCCACAUAUUCUCCCUACCCCUUCAUCCCAAAACAUGGCUGCGUAUGGACAGACGCAGUACACCACAGGAAUGCAGCAGGCCGCAGCUUAUGCUAGCUACCCCCAGCCUGGCCAGCCCUAUGGCAUCCCGGCUUAUGGUCCAUUGUGGGCAGGAAUAAAGACGGAGGGGGGUCUGAGCCAGUCCCAAUCGCCGGGACAGACGGGCUUCCUGAGCUACAGCUCUGGCUUCACCACGCCACAAACGGGACAGGCCCCAUAUAGUUACCAGAUGCAGGGUGGUACUUUCACAACAACGUCAGGACUGUACACAGGAAACAACUCCCUGACAAACUCUACUGGCUUUAAUAGCACUCAACAGGACUACCCCAGUUAUCCAGGCUUUGGCCAGACCCAGUAUGCUCAGUAUUACAACAGUUCACCCUACACUUCACCCUACAUGACAAGUAACAACACCAGCCCCAGCACGCCUUCCACCACCACCACCUACACCCUCCAAGAGCCACCUGCUGUCAUCACCAGCCAAGCCCUCACAGACAACCCUGCAGGAGAGUACAGUACCAUCCACAGUCCAUCAACCCCCAUUAAAGAUUCAGAUUCAGAUCGAUUGCGCCGAGCCUCGGAUGGAAAGUCACGUGGCCGUGGAAGAAGGAACAACAACCCAUCACCGCCGCCCGACUCUGACCUUGAGCGAGUUUUCAUCUGGGACUUGGAUGAAACAAUCAUCGUUUUCCAUUCCUUGCUUACGGGUUCAUAUGCCAACAGAUAUGGACGGGACCCACCAACAUCUGUAUCGUUAGGCCUAAGGAUGGAGGAAAUGAUCUUCAACUUGGCCGACACACACUUAUUCUUUAACGACUUAGAGGAAUGUGACCAGGUACACAUCGACGAUGUGUCCUCUGAUGACAACGGCCAGGAUCUAAGUACAUAUAACUUCAGUGCUGAUGGUUUCCACGCUGCAGCGACCAGUGCCAACCUGUGUCUGGCCACCGGCGUGCGGGGAGGUGUGGACUGGAUGAGAAAACUAGCUUUCCGCUACAGACGAGUAAAAGAAAUCUACACCACCUACAAAAAUAACGUUGGAGGUCUGCUGGGCCCAGCCAAAAGGGAAGCCUGGUUGCAAUUGCGAGCAGAAAUUGAAGCCUUGACGGACUCCUGGUUAACACUGGCACUGAAAGCACUAACAUUAAUCCACUCAAGGUCAAAUUGUGUGAAUAUCCUGGUGACCACCACACAGCUCAUCCCUGCCCUGGCUAAGGUCCUGCUCUACGGCUUAGGAAUCGUCUUUCCUAUCGAGAAUAUUUAUAGUGCAACCAAAAUAGGGAAGGAGAGCUGCUUUGAGAGAGUAAUUCAGCGGUUCGGGAGGAAAGUUGUUUACAUUGUUGUCGGAGAUGGGGUGGAAGAGGAGCAAGGCUCGAAAAAGCACAACAUGCCCUUCUGGAGGAUCUCCAGCCAUUCAGACCUCAUGGCUCUCCACCAUGCUCUAGACCUGGAGUACUUGUAGCACUGCACCUCCAUCGUACACCCCUCAGCACAUCGAGCAACCUUUCACCUUCACCUCCAGCCCCGUCCCACGCUUGCCGCAGCCUCCAGCGCUCAGAGACCCCCCCCACACCCCC